GGCGGGCACGAGGCGGAGCGCCGCGCAUGCCCCAUGGCACGGGCUCGCGUCCUGAUCUGCGCCGUCUGCGUGCUGCGAGUGGCACUGGCCACGGUCUACUUCCAGGAGGAGUUUCUGGACGGAGAGCGCUGGAGAAACCGAUGGGUGCAGUCCACCAACGAUUCCCAAUUCGGGCACUUUAGAGUGUCGUCGGGGAAGUUCUAUGGUCACAAAGAGAUAGACAAAGGUCUGCAGACCACUCAGAAUGGCCGAUUCUACGCCAUCUCUGCCCGCUUCAAACCGUUCAGCAAUAAAGGGAAGACUCUAGUCAUUCAGUACACAGUGAAACACGAGCAGAAGAUGGACUGCGGCGGGGGCUACGUUAAGGUCUUCCCUGCAGACUUGGAUCAGAAGAACCUGAAUGGGAAGUCGCAGUACUACAUCAUGUUUGGACCUGAUAUUUGUGGAUUUGAUAUCAAGAAAAUCCACGUUAUUCUGCAUUUCAAGAAUCAGUAUCAUUCAAACAAGAAAUCAAUCAGGUGUAAGGUUGACGGCUUCACUCACCUCUACGCCCUGAUCUUAAGACCAGACCUUUCUUAUGACGUGAAAGUUGAUGGUCAAUCCAUCGAGUCCGGCAGCAUCGAGUACGACUGGAACUUAACCUCGCUUAGGAAGACGGAAGAGUCUUCACCAAGUUCUAAGGAUUGGGAUCAGGCAAAAGAUGGCAAAGCCCAGGACUGGGAGAAGCACUUUCUGGAUGCCAGCGCCAGCAAGCCAAGCGACUGGAACAGCGAGCUGGACGGGGACUGGCAGGCGUCCAUGCUCCAGAAGCCGCCCUACCAGGACGGCCUGAAACCAGAGGGAAUCGAUAAAGAUAUUUGGCUUCACCAGAAAAUGAAAAAUACCAACUAUUUGACUGAGUAUGACCUCUCGGAAUUCGAGAACAUCGGUGCCAUUGGACUGGAGCUCUGGCAGGUGAGAUCUGGAACCAUCUUUGAUAACUUCCUGAUCACAGACGAUGAAGAGUACGCUGAGAAUUUUGCCAAGGCCACCUGGGGCAAAACCAAGGGUCCAGAAAAGGAGAUGGAUGCCAUACUGGCCAAGGAAGAAGUGAAAAAAGCCCGCGAGGAAGACGAGGAGCUCCUGUCAGGGAGGUUUCCUGGGGGUGAGAAUCAUUUCAAUAGAUAUUUCAAGCGGGACGAACUUUAGUCAUCCCUGUUACGUAAACAUGACUGAUGAAAACCUUGUUUCUGCUUUAAUCUACAUUUAAAAGUUCACUUGGUAAUUGCUCCACCUUUCUUUAAAAAAUCUUUCAUGCUUCUUGGUGGGGUCAGUCACGUUUUCCCCCACAGCCCCCGUGCGCCAUGAAGUUCCCCCUCUAAGAUCUGAGCGCUGGAAGCCAGAGGCCAGCAGGAAUCUGGCCAAAGACA